CAACCCUUUCUCUGGGCCGGGCACUGCCACGGCCAUGUGAUCGUGGGGCUGUCGGGACGCGCCGGGACAGCUGGGACAAGCGGGGGUCGCGGGCGUCCCUGGGCGGGGGCGACAUGGAGCGGAGGUGGGUCUUCGUGCUGCUGGACGUGCUGUGCUUGUUGGUCGCCUCUCUGCCCUUCGUCAUCCUGACCCUGGUGAACUCACCUUACAAGCGAGGGUUCUACUGCGGAGAUGACUCUAUCCGGUACCCCUACCGUCCAGACACGAUCACCCACGGACUCAUGGCCGGGGUCAUCAUCACAGCCACCGUCAUCCUUGUCUCAUCGGGGGAGGCCUACCUGGUGUACACAGACCGUCUCCAUUCACGUUCUGACUUCAACAACUAUGUGGCUGCCAUCUAUAAGGUGCUGGGGACCUUCCUGUUCGGGGCUGCUGUGAGCCAGUCUCUGACUGAUCUGGCCAAGUACAUGAUCGGCCGUCUUCGACCCAGCUUCUUGGCCGUCUGUGACCCUGACUGGAGCCGGGUCAACUGCUCUGAGUACGUGCAGCUGGAAGUGUGCAGGGGCAGCCCUGCCAAUGUCACCGAGGCUAGGCUGUCCUUCUACUCCGGACACUCCUCCUUUGGCAUGUACUGCAUGUUGUUCCUGGCGCUGUACGUGCAGGCCCGGCUCUGCUGGAAGUGGGCACGGCUGCUGAGGCCCACUGUUCAGUUCUUCUUGGUGGCCUUUGCAAUCUAUGUGGGCUAUACCCGCGUGUCUGACCACAAGCACCACUGGAGUGACGUCCUCGUCGGCCUCCUGCAGGGAGCCCUGGUGGCCUGCCUCACGGUCCGCUACGUUUCAGACUUCUUCAAAUCCCGGCAGCCCCAGCCCUGCCAGGAGGACGAGGAGCCAGAGCGCAAGCCCAGUCUGUCACUGACGCUGACCCUCGGUGACCGACCCUAGCUGCUGUGAGGACCCCAUCUCUUCCUGCUUUGGAAGCCAGGAAGCCUCCUGU